AUGCGACUGAUCGCCCUGACUGCUAUUCUCAUUGUUGCGGCUGCUAUGGCCACCCCGCUGUCGGAAGUGUUCAAACAUCUUCAGAUGAAGCAGAACGAGAUUAGACAAAAGCAGCUGCUCGAUUUUAUCGCUAAGAACGUCCCCGAAGGCCUCGACCAGCCAAACCCGAAAAUCGCCGAGUACGAAACCUUCAAAUCGGACAAAAUGUCCAACUUUGUGAACGAUGGCCUCGGCCACCUGCAGUUCCGCCAAUUCCGACGACUUCGACUGGGCGAUGUGCUCUCCCGACACCAGGCCGGAAUC